CACCCAUUAAUUCUUCAGUCAUCAGCCUCUCGAUCCACCUAGCCUAGCAGCAAGCUCUUUCCUUGCUUAUAUAUUUAUAUAUAUUUUAGUUCUCAGAGAUAUGAAGAGAUUUAGAUUCGGAGGAGAAGAAGAAGUGGAGAGCAUGAACAUGGCGAAUGUAUUGAUGCUGCUCUCUCGAGGCGGCGGCGGGGAAGAGAGCGAGCACACAGCGCAGGCAUCGCCGAGCCGAGUGUUCGAGUGCAAGACUUGCAACCGCCAGUUCCCUUCGUUCCAAGCGCUGGGUGGCCACCGGGCGAGUCACAAGAAGCCAAGGCUGACGGCGGAGGGCCAGCUGCAGGGCGGGCUCGCGAAGCCCAGGGUCCACGAGUGCUCCAUAUGCGGGCUCGAGUUCGCCAUCGGGCAGGCCUUGGGAGGCCACAUGAGGCGGCACCGGGCGGCGACGGAGGGGUUUGGCCAUGGGCUUGCGGAGAAGAAGCCCGAGGGACGGAGGGUGCUGUCUUUGGAUCUGAACUUGCCGCCGUCGGAGAACGAUAUCGAGUGCCGCGGGAAGAUAGGUUUUGGGAUGGAGAUUGUAGAUAAGAUUCGUAUGGUGGAUUGUUUGAAUUGAUCUAUAAUGAGGGCUGGCUUCUUUGUAUUGGUUUGUUUUCUUCUUUUUUAUAAAUAUUGUUGCCAGCCGCAUGAUAUGUUACUAUUUCCUUUUUACUUUUUUUUUUUUUUUGGCCCUUUCCUUGUGGAUUGGGAUGAUAAUAGUUUCAUUUUAUUGGAAAUCCAGACACUUGUUUAUAGAUUGAUCAUGUUUCACUGGGUUGGAA